AGAUGACGACAUGAUGUGAAAAUACGUACGAAACUACGAAAACGGUGUGUAAAUAGAACUCGAUACGUGAUAGCGAUUAUAUUGUUCAAUUAUUAUUGUUGUCAUUACUCAUUACUCAUAACUCUUAAGUCAUAGUGGCAUAGUGCCUGUAACGGUGAGUGGCAACAAGAUAAAAGAAGAGAAGAAAUAAAAAAAAAAAAAAAACCUUUGCACCUUCCAUCACGCUUACCUUCGGACGGACGUUCAUCGGUAUUAAUUGCGUAUUUCCCGUGUAUAAAUAAACGCUUCGUUCGUCGGUUGACAAAGGAGAAGAAGCCUUUCUGCUGGUCUGCGUUCGAAACGCUGCCCAAGGUUCCUCCUAAAUAACACUCUUAGUCGUUAGCGAUGUCGACACCGCCACUAACAAUCGACUGUUGCGUCUAAAGCAGUUUCGUUCUGGUUUUCGCGACAUCGAUGGUCCAGGAUCCCAAGUCCGACCACAACAUAAAACCCAAGACGAAACGACUAGGUGAACAACAGUUAUGCCAAUCCAAGCUCCUCAGUGGACCGAUUUCCUGGCAUGUCCGGUGUGCUGUAAUGGUUUCGACAUCAAGACCCGACAUCCCAUCAGUUUGGGAUGCGCUCACACUGUGUGCAAAUCAUGUCUGUCAAAUCUACCCAAAAAACAAUGCCCAUUUGAUCAAAAUUUAAUAAAUAUAGAAAUUGAUCAACUACCAACCAAUUAUGCUCUACUUCAAUUGGUGGGAGCAUCAAUACCAAACAUUGAAAACAUUCCAAAAUCCAUGAUAAAGAAUAUGUCAUCUGAUGAACGGCUUUUAUAUAAUAAAUCAAAAAAAUGUGUGGAACAUCUUGCAUUAUACCUUAAAUCAUUUGCAACUGGUGGUGGUCAGUCAACAAGUGCGGGACUUUCGCGGCCUAUGCAGCGUAAAUUGGUGACUCUAGUUAACUGUCAACUUUUAGAAAAUGAAGGGCGUAUGAGAGCCAUCAGAGCAGCCAGAUCUCUAGGCGAGCGUAGUAUGACAGAACUUAUACUCCAUCAUCAAAGUGCUCAACAAUUAUCUACAAAUUUAUGGGCUGCUGUUCGAGCUCGUGGUUGUCAGUUUUUGGGACCAGCAAUGCAAGAAGAAGUAUUAAAACUGGUCCUACUAGCUUUGGAGGAUGGUUCUGCAUUAUCAAGAAAAGUCUUAGUAAUGUUUGUUGUUCAACGAUUAGAACCACAUUUUCCUCAAGCAUCUAAAACUAGUAUUGGCCAUGUUGUUCAACUACUUUACAGAGCUUCAUGUUUUAAAGUUUCUAAGCGUGAUGGUGAUAAUUCAUUAAUGCAGUUAAAAGAAGAGUUUC